UGAUUAGUAAUUAAACAAAAACCAUUCGAAUGGCCAAAUGAUGAUUGUAAAUUUGUGUUGAUUAGUUUCAACGAGUUUCCAAAUAAAAAUUAUCAAAAUGAAGUUGAUUAAAUUUUCCAACGUGUUGAUUGUUUUCAUCUUAAUCCAGUUGACUAAUUGUCUUGAUUUAGAUGAAGUUGACAAGGGAGAUAUUCCUCAAAUAAUUGAAGCUCGUGGAUUCAAAUGUGAGACUCAUUAUAUCACAACGAGUGAUGGUUAUAUCUUGGGUAAUUUCCGAAUUGUUAAUCCACUCAUAUCACAAUCAUCAUUUGCUGAUCAGAAAUUGGAACCAAUUAUAAUCCAAAGUGGUUUCCUUGGAUCGGGCGUUGAUUUCUUGAUUAACUCUCCUCGAGGAUUUGCUAACUUGUCAAUUUUGGAAAGUUAUAAGGAUCUGGACGCAAUUGACUUCGACCUCGAUGGACGUGAUUUAGGUUUCAUCUUAGCCAAUUUGGGUUAUGAUGUUUGGCUAACUAACCCUCGGGGUAAUUACUAUUCAACUAAUCACACGAAACUUGACCCUAAAGAAGAUUCCAAAGAGUUUUGGUCAUUUUCAUUGGACGAAAUGGCAAAUAUUGACUUACCGGCAAUGAUUGAUUACGUUUUACAAGUUACUGGACGAGAAACACUCGGAUAUAUUGGAUUCUCUCGAGGAUCUUUGGUCAUGUUUGGACUUUUAUCUGAUCAGCCAAAUUACUCUCACAAAGUGAGACCUUUCAUCGCUAUGGCCCCGCCGGUAUUUUUGAACGAUUUUCAAACACCCUUGAGAUUAUUAGCGAAGAAUAAGUUUGUCGUUAGUUAUAUUCGUGAUCAUCCAAGUGGAUUCUUCAAUCGCGCUGCAACUAAAGUGACCGGAAUUUGCUCUAACGUGUUGAUUAAGCCUUUUUGUGAUAUGAUUAAAUCGUCGGUUCUUAAAAUAGAUUCGGCCAGUGGUAAUAAGACACGAAUCGAUAUUUAUCUUUCCCAUCUUCCAGCGGGAUCGUCGUGUUGGGACCUUAUUCAUUUCGCUCAACGAAUGGUCAACGACAAUUUCUCACACAUUGACCUGGGCGAUGAGCUCAACUUGAAACGCUAUGGAUCCAAAUCGCCUCCGCCUUACAAUUUAAAAUACAUAAUUAAUCAACACAUUGCAAUCAUCCACUCAACUGGUGAUACAAAAGCCAAUCCCAAGGAUGUGAAAAAGUUAAUUGAUCAACUUGAAGUUUUACCUGUUGAACGGAUCACAAUUGAUGACGAAAAAUUUACACAUCUCGAUUUCUUUUUGGACAAUAAUGUCGGACGAUUGGUCAACAAGCCGAUCGCUAGAUUAUUGGAAACUUAUCGAUCAAAUCAUUACUAUUUAUAUUUUACAAUGAGAUUUGGUGAUCACCUUGUAGUUUUAAUUGUUUUCAUCUUAAUCCAGUUAACUAAUUGUCUUGAUUUAGAUGAAAUCGAUAAAUCUGAUAUUGUACAGAUAAUUGAAGCUCGUGGAUUCAUUUGUGAGACUCAUUAUAUCACAACGAGCGAUGGUUAUAUUCUGGGCAAUUAUCGUAUUGUUCAUCCACUGAUAUCAAAAUCAUCAUUUGCUGAUCAGAAAUUGGAACCAAUUAUAAUCCAAAGUGGUUUCCUUGGAUCGGGUGUUGACUUCUUGAUUAACUCUCCUCGAGGAUUCGCAAAUUUGUCAAUUUUGGAAAGUUAUAAAGACCUGGACGCAAUUGACUUCGACCUCGAUGGACGUGAUUUAGGUUUCAUCUUAGCCAAUUUGGGUUAUGAUGUUUGGCUAACUAACCCUCGGGGUAAUUACUAUUCAACUAAUCACACGAAACUUGACCCUAAAAAAGAUUCCAAAGAGUUUUGGUCAUUUUCAUUGGACGAAAUAGCGAACCUCGAUCUACCUGCAAUUAUUGACUAUGUGUUAAGCUUAACGAAUCAAACUUCCCUUGGUUACAUUGGGUAUUCUCGUGGGUCUAUGGUCAUGUUUGGCUUAUUAUCCGAUCAGCCGAAUUAUUGUGACAAAAUUAAACCCUUCAUCGCAAUUGCACCGAUAGUUUAUCUUAAUAACUAUUACAAUCUACCGAGAAUCUUUGCGAAAAACCAAUUUUUCAAUGAUUUUGUUCGUGAUAAUCCAAGUUCUUGUUUCGAUCGAUCUCUUUCUCAUUUAUAUGGAAUGUGCUUCGAUCCAUUGAUUGUACCUUUUUGCGACAUUAUAAGAAUGAGUUUGAUGUACACAGAUUUAACGUCAGGUAACAGCUCUCGACGUGAAAUCUACCUUUCCCAUAUUCCAUCGGGCUCAUCAUGUUGGGACUUUAUUCAUUUUGCUCAGCGAAUGGUAAACGAUAAUUUCUCACACAUCGACCUGGGCGAUGAGUUCAACCUGAAACGCUAUGGAUCCAAAUCCUCGCCAGUUUACAAUUUGAAAAACGUAAAAAAUAAACAUAUUUUACUCAUCUAUUCAACUGGUGAUGAGAAGGCCAAUCCAAAGGAUGUGAAAAAGUUAAUUGAUCAUCUUGAAGGUUCCUCCGUUCAGCAGAUCAUAAUUAGAGAUGAUAAAUUUACCCAUUAUAGCUACUUUAUCAAUAAUAACAUUGGUCUAUUGGUUAACAAGCCUAUUGCUAAAUUUUUGCAAAAAUAUCGAUUGAUUUAAUUGUUAAACUAAUUU